AUGAAUUAUUCUUCAGGAAAUAUUACUUAUUAUUCCUAAUUCUUCAGUGGAAGUUUACCAAUAAUACCAUUUGUUUUUAGCUAACUCAGUGUAGCAAUAAUAUCUACAGCCAUUUUCAAACUUAUCGUAACAUAACCUCCCGCCUGUACAUUUUCAUAUUUGUAAGCCAAAAUGGAAGUCGGCGCAGUGAAACAAGCAUUUAACAAUGAGGUUAUACAGCUGAAGAAAAACUUAAAUCAAGCCAAGAUACAUACUAUACACAAGCUCACAAGGAAGGCUAAAAAGGAAGUUAGGAAAGAGGCCCCUGAAAAGCUUAAGGAGAAGUUUAAAAGGCAAGCAGCAUCAGCGGUUAAUGAGGUUCUCAUCAUAAAGAAAAUCAAACCCAGAGACAUUGCCAGGUUUACCGUCACUCAUACUGGAGAGCUCCAACAGUAUUUAAACAAGCCAACGGUAGACCAAGACAAGGCAUGCGCCCGGCUGUUACUUCACAAAAGUCUGCAGCAGAAGUACAAGCAUAUUAGAAACACCUUUUCUGGCAUUCCUAUCAAGGAUCUAUUGAUGUCUCGGCAGGAACGGUUGAAGUUGAAAAGAGAGGCGAAGCUGGAUAAGAAGAUGAAGAGAGAUAAGAAACAAAAGGUCGUCAAUGCAGAAGGAGAUUGGGAUGUUGAAGACAUAAACACCCGUAAAGUUAAAGAGACUCCAAAGAGCACAUCUAAAAAGUUCAAAGAGAGUGAUGAUGAAAUAUCUGAGAAUGAAGAAACGGAACUUGAUGAGAAUGCUAAUUCUGAUAAAGAAGCCCAAUCGGAUGAUAAAGAAGAUAUUUCACAUGGCGAGGAAGCUAAUUCAGAUGAUCAAGAAGGUGAAGAAGAUGGUGAUGAAGAAAAUAAGUCUGAUGAAAGUGAAGUAGAAAGUGAAACUAAAAUGGAAAGUGACCAGGAGUCACAUGAGAAUGAACAACAGAGUAAAAAGGAAGAAGUGCUUGACAAAUUUGUAAAACCUAGUCCAGUUAAAGUUAAUAUAAAACAAAAUGAAACCAUAACGUCUGCCUUAACCUUUGAACAAUUAGGAAAGAAUAGAAGAAAACAAGAAAUCAAAAAGCCAACAAAACCAAAAGAUAUACAUAAGAAUAAAAAUUUAAAUGACAAGUUACAGUCAAGGAAGUUUAAGAAAGAGACAAGUGAGUCUCAAGUGAAAGAGACAAAGAUAGUUGAUCCAUUCUUUAUCACAUCUACAGGCGAAAACUACCUGUCGGUAGCAGAACCAAGACAGCCUGAUGAAGUCAAAGAAAUACAUAAACAAGGUAAUAGAAAAGAGAGGAGAGCGGCCAUGUUUGGAUAUGUUCCUAAAGUCAAACCUAGACAAGAUUUCAGACAAAGUAAUUCAGAUAGACCAAAUAACUUUAGAAAUAAGUUUAAUGAAGAUGAUAGUUAUGCUAAAGGAAAUGAUGGGAAGAAUAGGAAUGACUCACGAUUUAAUGGCAAAGAUCAAUUUAGAAGUCAAAAUGACAAGCCAUUUGGUAGAAACAAUCAAUUUAAAGGACGAAAUGACAGACCAGGCGAAGACAGAAAUGAAUUUAAGAGUAGAAAUGAUAAGUUUAAAGGCCGAAAUAAUGAUGCUGUAGAAACUAAAGUAGAGAAAUUGCAUCCAUCGUGGGAGGCGAAAAAGAAACAAUCAGGUAUCUUACCAUUCCAGGGUAAAAAGAUAGUGUUUGAUGAAGGUUAAUGUAAAUAAAUGUU